GCUUUCCCCGCCUCCAUUUUAUAGACCAAAUGGUUUAUUGAUUAUUAACUGAAAAAAAUGUAAACAAUGCUGGUUGAAGUAGUUUUUGAGCAGUUUGUGUUGAGUGUUACAAAUGGGUCCGGCUUAAUGCUUCUCUCCACUUUUACACCUCACUACAAAUCUGCUUCUUGCAGCACUGGGAACACUGGUUUCCUUCUGGGAACACUGGUUUGUUUCCUGUUGAUGGCAUUCUGGAUCCUCUGUGUUGCAGACAAACUCUGUAGCAGGAAAUGCUUAGCUAUUAUCUCCCUUCUCUCUCUUUCAAACACACACACACACACACACUGCAGACACAAGCAGGAGGCUUUGUGUUUCAGAUGGAGGUGAAAGUUCAGACUCUGCCUUGUCAUUUUCUCCCCUCCUGUGGAGAUUUAGAGGAGGUCAGUGACUGGGAGAAGCUGUCUGUUGUUUCCUCCUCUCUGAUGAACACCCACAUCCAGCUCCUCCAGCCCUGUGUCGACAAGUCAUUUCUGGGGAUUUAUAGCCAGAAAACUAAAAAGCGGCACACUCUGUUUCCUCUCCCCUCUUAUUUGGUCCUCGCGUCUCAUAACACUGACCAACCGUAGUUGUUUUGUGGAGUAACUGCAGUGGUUGAAUUAAGGUCAAAUAGCCGGCCAUGUAGAGGUCACACAACAGUGUGAUUGGAUCUGUCUGGAUGUGUACGUGUUUGUGUUGUAUGGGCUUUAUGGAAAUGGAAAUGAACCUUUCAGCCUGUGUAGAUGGACCUCAGUGUAAGCAGGAUUAGGACAUGGAACAUGUCAUAUUUGUGAGGUAUAGUUUAAUGUAAUUCUCUAAGGAAGGAGGAGAGGAGGAGGUACUCUGAAAGGUUGGUUUAUGGCUCUUUGCCUGAUCCCCCUACAGUCUUUGGGGAUAUCUAUAAGUUACACUCAUUGUCUUUUUGAUUCUUCACAGUACAUUCUGUUUGUCCACCCUUUGGCCUUUCAGAUAAUAAUGCAGCGCAUAGAGUACAAAGGCCUCCGUACAUACAGCGCCAAGUGCGAGUACAACCAAAGCUACACUCUUAGAAGGCCCAUCAGACUGUCUGACAUUGAUGUUUGCAUUAAUCUUUCAUAAAGAUACUGUACACGUAGUCUGAUUCCUGCUGUGUUCGUUGUGCUGUUUAGGAAGAAGAAGAGGAGAUAAAGCUGGAGAUCAACAUGUUGAAGAGUUAUUCCCACCAUAGGAACAUCGCUACUUAUUAUGGAGCUUUUAUUAAGAAAGGUCCUGCUGGACAGGACCACCAACUCUGGCUGGUGAUGGAGUACUGUGGAGCCGGCUCCGUCACAGACCUGGUGAAGAAGACCAAGGGGAACUGUCUGAAGGAGGACUGGAUAGCGUACAUCUGCCGAGAGGUGCUCAGGGGUCUUUCCCAUCUUCACGCCCAUCAUGUGAUCCACAGAGACAUUAAGGGACAGAAUGUUUUGCUCACAGAGAACGCCGAAGUCAAACUGGUUGAUUUUGGAGUGUCGGCGCAGCUGGAUAAGACGAUCGGUCGAAGGAACACCUUCAUCGGUACGCCCUAUUGGAUGGCUCCGGAGGUCAUCGCCUGUGACGAGAACCCCGAGGCCACAUAUGACUACAGGAGUGACCUCUGGUCUUUAGGCAUCACUGCUUUGGAGAUGGCUGAAGGAGCCCCUCCUCUGUGUGACAUGCAUCCAAUGAGAGCGCUGUUUUUGAUUCCACGAAACCCUCCACCCAAACUCAAAUCAAAGAAAUGGUCGAAGCGCUUCCUGUCCUUCGUCGAUAGCUCUCUGGUCAAGAACCAUCUGCAUCGCCCCACCACGGACGCCCUGCUGAGACACGCCUUCAUCAGAGAUCUCGUCAACGAGAGACAAGUGCGCAUCAUGCUCAAAGAUCAUCUGGACAGAACCAGGAAGAAACGAGAGAAAGAGGGUCCGGAGUACGAGUACAGUGGCAGUGAAGAAGAGGAUGAUGAGGUGACAGAGGAGGAAGGGGAGCCCAGCUCCAUAGUGAACGUUCCGGGGGAAUGGACGCUGAGACGGGAGUUUCUUCGUUUGCAGACGGAGGACCGCGAUGGGGGGAGAGAGGGAGGCCACGGGGGAGGCGGGGGUCAACAAAGGCAACAGCAGCACAGGCAGCAGCUGGCGGAGCAGGAGCGAUACAAGCAGCAGCUACUGGCCGACAGACAGAAGAGGAUCCAACAGCAACACGAGCAGCGGCAGAAGUUAGAGGACCAGCAGAGGCGGCAGCUGGCGGACUGUGCCUUUCAAUGGGCGGAGCUCCAAGAGAUCUUGGUCGGGGAGGAGUCGGAUCUCCAUGACAACAGAAUCUUAUUGGAUGAGAGAAACAGGAGGAGCGACAGGAGACAGCAGGACCAGGCAGGCAGACAGCGGUGUGCCGAUGUGUCAGUAAGGCCUCUGGACUCCGCCGCAGAGCAGAGAGCCGCGGCUCCGAACCAGCUGCUUCAGCACAAGGCCCCGCUCUCCCAGCCUCCGCCCUCCCAGCCGCAAGCCAAGCCCCGGCCUCUGGCUCAGCAUCAGCAGCCCUCGGCGGGCCGGAGAUCCCACCGCACGCUGCCCAAGGACCAAACCCAGCUCCUGUCGCUACAGCACGACCACAGGCACAGGGAGAGAGAGAGGCAGAGGCAGAGGGAGAAGCCCGUGGCAGCCGUCCAGAAGCUAACGGCUAACAGUGGGAGCACGGCUGCUGCUGCUGCUGCCGCUGCCGCUGCUGCCUCUGCUGCCUCUUCCUCGCCCAGCCGCCCCACAAACAGCCAGCGCUCAGCGAUGGACCUCCAAGAAUCGAGCCUAGCCAGGCUGCUUUUGGCUGCCGGUGUGCCCAGCCAGAUGCACUCCAGGCUGGGCUCUGGGAGCAGCUCUAGUCCUUGUACUCCAGCCAUGCAGAGAGCUCACUUCAACCAGAAUGCCAAUCUUCGCUCGAGUCGAGAUGCCCCUCACAGCAGCUCUAUGUCAGACAUGGCCAUCUCCCCGUUGUCCCCGUUUUGCCCCACGUCCCCGACUGAUGAUGUCUUCUGGGACCCCGGGACGCCACCGAAGGUCCCAGAGCGCACCACCUCUAAGUUCUACUGUCGAGAGCUGGUGAUGGGACACAAGAGGGCCGCCUCCAGUGGCAGUCCAGUGUCUGUGGCCGAUAAGAGCGGACGGUCUGUGUCUCAUGGAGUGUCCUCUGGCAGCAGCAACCAAGGCUACUUCAAGCUAGAGAGUCCUCUUCUGCAGCACUGUCGACAGCAGCACCGCAGGACGCAAGACAACGCGACCAGUGGACAUACACAAGGCGUACGGUCGGCUCUGGGUCGGCUUCACAAGGCCACAGAAUACUCUUCAUCCAGCGACGAGCUCGGCAGCAGUGACGACGAAGAGAGCAACAGGUCUGGCUUGUCCAAUGGAAAGGGGAGAUACUUCAGAGGAAUACCCGAUGGCAUCGUGCUGCAACCUCACCACAAUCUCAACCAGAUCUCUCGGAAAGGUUCAGAGGACACCUACCUGCUACCGGACCUCCUGCAGAAAACGUCUUCCUCCAACAGUCCUACCCACAAUGCACUGGGCCAGCAGCAGCGAACACACGAGCUCAGCUACUCGCAGUUGCCCACAGCCCCUCGAUCCCCCACACACCAGGAGCUGCAUGCCGUCAGCAGUCCUACCGGUAAAAACACCUCCUCCUCUUCGUCCUUCCUGUCGUUCAUCGAUCCAAGACUGAUCCCCAUGUCAUCGCCACCCCAGAGCCCUGUGGGCAGUAAAGGUGAGCAAAUCAAGAGGGAAAACCACAGGAAGGGCUCUGUGGUGAACGUGAACCCAACCAAUAUCCGACCGCAGAGCGACACUCCAGAGAUCCGCAAGUACAAGAAGAAGUUCAACACCGAGGUUCUCUGUGCUGGACUGUGGGGUGUGAAUCUGCUGGUGGGGACAGAGAACGGCCUGUGGCUGCUGGAUCGAAGCGGUCAGGGUAAAGUCUACUCCCUCAUCAGCAGACGCAGGUUUCAGCAGAUGGACGUGCUGGAAGGACUCAACGUACUGAUCACUAUAUCAGGUAAAAAGAACAAGCUCCGUCUGUACUACCUGUCCUGGUUAAGGAAUAAAAUCCUCCACAACGACCCAGAGGUGGAGAAGAGACAGGGCUGGACCUCGGUAGGUGACCUGGAGGGCUGUGUACACUACAAAGUGGUGCGCUAUGACAAGAUAAAGUUCCUGGUGAUAGCGUUGAAGAAUGCUGUGGAGGUGUACGCCUGGGCCCCCAAACCCUACCACAAGUUCAUGGCUUUCAAGUCCUUCAGGUCCCUGCAUCAGAAACCACUGUCUGUUGACCUGACGGUGGAGGAAGGUCAGAGGUUAAAGGUCAUCUACGGCUCCUUGUCUGGUUUCCACGCCAUCGAUGUGGACUCUGGAACGCCGUACGACCUCUACCUGCCCACACAUAUCCAGGGUUCCAUUCGCCCCCACGCCAUCAUCAUUCUGCCAAACAGCGCUGGAACAGAGGUGCUGGUUUGCUAUGAGGAUGAGGGCGUCUACAUCGACACCUACGGCCGCAUCACCAAGGACACGGUGCUGCAGUGGGGGGAGAUGCCUGCGUCGGUCGCCUACCUUCAGUCUAACCAGGUGAUGGGUUGGGGAGAAAAGGCCAUAGAGCUGAGGUCGGCCAACACAGGGAACCUGGAGGGAGUUUUCAUGCACAAAAAGGCCCAGAAACUCAAGUUUCUGUGUGAAAGGAAUGACAAGGUCUUCUUUGCCUCCGUGCAAGCAGGAGGCAGCAGUCAGAUUUACUUCAUGACUCUGGGACAGAACUCACUGUUCAAUUGGUAACGACUGGACCUGUUACUCUGGGAUCAACCGGUGGUGUCUGGCUUCAUCAUUCUGGGGUUUUCCUGGCGAUGCCUUUUUCAUAUUUGCACCAUCUGAUGCUCAUCUCCGUGGAUACUGGACCCCAACCAAAGAUCACCGAAAUAUUCCUGGAUGCACAGAUGAGUUGAUCACAACUCCAGCUUGAAUCCAUCUCUUUACCCUUGAAUACUGCAGCGACACCAAAACCUGGACCCUGAAGUUCACCGCCGCCUCAGCCAUCCACGCAAGUGCUAAUAGGUACAACUAGCAGUGUCGCCAUCCGUAAUGUGAAGAGCACACAGAGGAAUGUUCUCAUGCCUGAUCUCCAUAGUUACCCCUGGAGUCUUUCCCAGCAGGAUUCAGGAUGCAGAACCAGCACCAGCACCAGCGUGACAGAAGUAAAGACUCCCACCGUGUCCCGUUUCAUCCAGAUCGACCUGGAAGCAAAAACUGAUUGAGUUGAUUGCGUGGCAACUUCUAAUGAACACCAGUGAACAUCUGGACUCAAGAUCUCGUCCCUCCUACUCUCAUCUGUGAGCACUGAAGUCCACAGUUCAGUUUGUUCCACAUUCAGCUCACAUCUCUCCCACUUCAGUUAACCCUAUUUUGUUCUUUUCUCUAAAGGAAAUCAGUCGCUCAGCUAUUUAUGUCAGUUCUUCACUCAUAUUAGCUUUAACAAGGCCUGGCUGUGGUGUGUUACUGGAUCGACUGAAUCAUCUGAUGAAGUCUUGUUCUCCCAGUACAGACCAGAGCUGUCCAGCUGUAUGUCUGGUUUGUCUUCAUGUAAGCAAACUGUGUUCAAAUAGAGUGAAGUCCUUCAUUCACUCCAUGGACAUCAUCUGGGCCGGGACCUAAAUGUGGACCAAGUAGGACAACUAGUCCAAUUCAUUCCACGUAUCGUCAUAACUGCUUGCCAUUUCUCUCCUAAUGAUUCUUUGAUCAAUUUCCAUAUCCAUGAACCACCUGUGUCUGCAAUACCUCAGCAGUGUUAGUCAUGAAGGCCUUCAGUAGUGUUCUCUCCUUCACUGCUACAAGCAGACACCAAGGACCCAAACACAUUAGUCAGUUACUGUACUGAAUCCCUAUUCUGUUGAUUUCCAUAUCCUAUUAUUAGACAGUGUUAUUAUAUGCACUAUCAAAUGUUAUAUUAUUGAGAGGAGAGUUCCCUUUUUUCUUGACUGAGGUUAUGUUUAACUGUCACUAUACCAUCCACGUGAGCCUUAUAAUAAGGCAAAAUGUCAUGAAGAAUUGAAUCACUGUCGUUUAGACAGCGUUCAAUAACUUUAGGCUGUUCAUGAUGUCAUCCCUUGUUAUCACCUGGAAGUCCAUUUUUCUCCGUGUCGAGCCUGAAGUCAGUUGGCAGUUGAGCCUAAAUGAUAUCUUGGGAUACUUGCUGCAUUGCACACUUUGCAUUAAAAUGAUUUGAGUAGGUGUUUUUGCAACAUAAUUUUAAAACAGUUUGAUAAUUCUCUCCUCCACACAUCUGGACCAUGUCAUUUUAUUUUGUGUCAUUCCAUCAUAAGUAGAGAUAUAACUCAGCUCCACCCUAACAGGCUUAGAAUUAUUCUCUGCAUCUAUUUUGUACAGCUUUGGAUGUCUAUAUUCUUGUAAGAUGCACUGUUUUCUAAAUAUUUGAUAUGUAUGUGUACAGAAUUAUGAUCAGGCUUAUGAAUGUGAAACUCCAUCCAUCCCAGAACAGAGGUCCUAACGUGUUGUUUUUACGACCUAUGAAAAGAACAAAAGUGGUUGUGAACAUGAACAUGAGCUGUUGACGGGGAUCAGGUCAUGUAUCAUAUGAAUUUCUGUCUGGCUCUUUGCACACUGGCCACAUUGUACAUGUUCUCUGUAACAUACCCUUCUUUGAAAUGACUUAUUUUUUGUUUAUUUUUUGGUGUUAAAGUGGAAACAUUUCAUGCCAUUGUGUAGUCAGUAUUGAAGAUAUAAAUGCUUUGGAUCAGUAUUUCUCACACUACCCAUCAUGGGACUCCCACACUUUGUAGUUUAUUGUAGAUGUGAUGAGAUGCAAUGAUCUGGGCCGUUGUACAGUUUGUUUCUGUUACACAAAGAGCGUCAAAGCAAGAGAACCAAAGAUAAAGGCUUUGAUGUAUUGGCUCCCUUGAAUCCAACCGUGUAACUAAUCACAACUGACUGGUUUUGAAAGUUCAAUGUAUAUAUUAUUAUACACUGUACAAAAGAUGCCAACUAGACCAACACAUCAGACACAACGAUGGGUCUCGCUACAUCACAACAAAAAUAUAUGCAAUUUAAUGUUGCUGGUGUUCAUAUAUUUAAUAUCUUACAUGUAUGCAUUAGAGAGGGCUGCAGUGAAGAAAUAAUAGGUUUUACCUUCAAAUGUGAAUUUGCAACUUGUCCAUUUCCGAUCCGUUUUCAUUAUACUCUUUCAUCCAUCAGAUUUUGUUCAUCUUCGUUAUGUUUUAUGUCACAUUAUCCUCAUAUCUCAUAUUUACUCUUGAAUGUUUGCGCCAAAUGUUUUAUAUUCAGUGAUACUUUGAGUUUUUUUCUACGGACUUGAUAGAAAUAUUGCAGCUGGUUCUGUGAGCAUAUUCUAAACUGGAAAAUGAACUUUCUGGCGAUGGCUGUCUCAUUGCUAAGUUGUUACCAAAUUUCACACAGUGUUAGUUUAAUGGUGGGAAAGUGAGAAACCAGAGCGGAUAGACCAUUAGCAUGGCUACAGUGCAUGGAAAUACAGGAGGGCAAGCUAAUGUUAGCAGGCUAGCACACCUAAAGUUGAUCGCUAACAGUGGCUAAACAUUAGCUUACAUGCUAGCUAACAUGGCUAAGAUAGGAGAGAGGUUUGGCUAGCAGCUACAAAAUACUUUCUCUCUUUAUAUGCAGUUGCUUAUCUGUGUGUAAAAUGUGACACAACUGUAUUUCAAACACCGUAAUUCAAGACAUGUCAAAAGAUAUUUUUCCAAAAACAUUGAUUUCAAACGUAUUUUUGUGACGCUGGAAGGGAGUUUAUCCCCAUGCGCAGCUGAUAGCAACUGCAGUUAAAUGUGAUUAAAAUAACGUCACUUAAGACACAAGUGUUGGAAUUGUUAUUUUAAAGUCCUCACAUAAAUGCGUUCAGAUAUCUUGUGAAUGACAUCAGACACUGUGCUAGCUCGGGGUCAGCUCAGCACAGACAGGUUUGGCCAGGUUCCUGACCCAAGACCCUGGCCAUGACAGUCCAGACAGGACCGGAGACUAAACUACCACAGUGGUUCCACCUUGUGUUCAGCUCCAGCUUACAUUUACACAGAGAAUGUACAGUAACCAUCUACAGUAGCUAGCCUGUAUGUGCUGCACUCCACUAUCCAGCACGCUCUCUCACAGAUGUCUGGUGGUCAACAGUACAUGUUAGCACAAAUUAGUCCUUUCAUUUUAAUCAGCCUUUUGAUUUCACUUUUUCAUCACAAAGUCCGAAUGUGUGCGAAUGUCGUCACAGUCAGAUUCCAUCUCCCUGCUUUCUAAAGCAGCAAUGUAAAUGUUUGAGCACCAAUGGUUAUGCAGUUAUAUAGCUACCAUCAGAUGAGGUGUAAUUUGGCAAAUUUAUGAAUUCAGUCUUGUAAUGUGUGAUAUAUGAAUUUAGAAAAACAGGUUGCUGCCCUUAUACUGUGGAGUUUAAGCUGAGAACAAAGGUUACAUUGUUUGAUUGGUAAGUCGAUGUUCUCUGCAUUGUUUCACUUUAAAGCCCGUACUCUAAAUGUGCCGGCUGUCCAUUCAUGUUUCCUCUGCUUCGUUCUUCAUCCUGCUGUAAGAAACAACAUGGAAGUCAGUUCUGUCCCAUCGAUGCACUAACGAGACAGAGAGAUCAGCGCGCCUCCGCCUACACCUUCCACCCGGUUAAGACAAUGAUAGAUUCUGUUUCAGACCCGCAGUGACUCACAUCUCUUCUUGUCAACACGUCUCUUUCAUUCCCUCUGCAUCUUCUCUUGCUCUCGCUAACAUCUUCCACCAUUCUACAGCUGUUUGUCCUCAUGUGUCACACUCUCUGUGGCUGUCCAUUGUCUCUCCAUCCACCACCAACCCUGUUAAACAGUCAUUUCUUUCAUGUGAAACAUACCAUUACCCACCUAUAUUCCAUCAAUUACAUACUUAAAUACUGUUUUUUCCUGAUUGGUGGGAUGAAGAGCGAUGCAGAUAAAACGCUAACACAACGCAGCUUGGAUUUGAGGCACAACGACUGCAAUGAUGUGUUAAAGCACGACUAUGUAACUUUGGCUGAACUGUGACUACAAAACAAACGGCAUAAUCAUAGCACAAAUUAAAAAAGACACAUACAGUAAAGUCAGUGAAAUAGCUAUCUCAAGCUUGCUAACAUUAGCCACCAUUAGCCUCUGGUCAUACCAGACCAGGUACGGCUAAAGAGACAAAAUACCUGAGUAUUCUAAAGGGAACCAGGGUGCGUCAAUUUGCUUAUUAAUUAGAGAAAGAAAGCCUUAUUUCUGCUUUCGAGAGAUCGUUCUGUGCUGCUGCCGUUAUUGUUUUCAACCUGUGUAGGAAAUAAAGUCUGGAUGAGCUUUGCAGUUCUGAAGAAAGUGUGUGUGUUUAUGUGGGAGGGUGUGAUGAGAUGGGAACAGGUGUUCAGUAAGCAGUAAAUUCAGUCUGUAGGGGAAGGAAGGCCAGAGUUAGAGGAGGUAGUCGGUGGCUGGAGUCAAGUGUCGGUUCACAGAAAGAACAUGGAGGUUGCUUUGAAUAUUUUUUAUUGAUUAGUUCUUUGCUCAUCGAAAGAAAACGGUGGGGGGGGAGAAGGCGAAGCAAUUCAUUUAAUCUGCUAACAGAUGGGCCCGCUCUUCACCAGAGGGCGCCGAACUGCACAUGUGCAGCAAGGAUUUGUACAUGAUGGUUAUGAUGAGGCGAAGGAGGUAAGGAUGUGAGGGAGUGUUGAGUGAUAUUUGCCAAACGUUUAUAGAUUCAGCCAACAGUUCAUAACUACUGUCAGUUUAUUGUGGAUGAGCUUGAUAAAGUUACUCAGCUCUGCAAUAUGGAGUUUUCAAGCCAUUCGACACACAGGACAGUUCUGUUCUUAUAAGUUGUAAAUUCUAAAGACACCAAAUAUUGUAUAGAUGAAUAUAUAUUUAAGAGUUUGUACUCCCCUUGACCAUGUCAUUUCUUGCAUACUUAGUUUUUAUUCUGUGCACUGGACCUAUGUUUGAUG